CAGAAGAGGAGGACGUUGCAGUGAGUCCAAUGGGAGAGGUUCUCAACAAUCAAUCAUUCUCUUUAUGCGUUCUUUGCGUGGCUGACCUCGAUAAGCCAGUGGACGUCUCUGAAGCCAAGAAAGCCAUUAGCCAAAUCCUGCUCUCUGAGAACUCAAGAUUCUCCUCUAUAGUGACUAGAGAUGAGAAGGGAGUCCUCAACUGGGAGAAGACGGAGGUUAAUGUGGACGAUCAUGUGUUUGUUCUUCACUUUCCUCCCCAUCUCUCAUUAUAUGAUAAGCAUAUAGAGGAAUAUAUUUCAGACUUGCAUUUAAGUAAGCUUGAUCCCUCACGCCCACUUUGGGAGUUCCAUUUCAUUAACUACAAAACCACAAAGGGCGAAGCCAUCGCCAUUCUGAAGCUGGAUAAUAUGCUGGGAGACGGUACUUCCAUUGUCUCUUUAGCUCGGGCCUGUUCUACAAUCCCUCGUAAUCAUACACUCAUUUCUUCCCCUUCUCAACACACACAACACCCACCAAUAAGUACCCGUAAAUACUCACAGACUCAGACAACCGCAUGGCAUGGCCCUGAAUUUAUAACUAGAAUAUGGAAUGGGCUGCUGACUCUUGUGCUUGUAAUGUGGUACACGUUACAUGAUCUGAUUACCACUUUUCUAAUAUCGAAAUGGAUGGAGGAUAGCAGGUUCCCUAUUCGAGGGCAUCCUGGAGUGGAGCUGUUGCCUAAAGUUAUGGCUUCUUGCACUUUUACACUCCAAGACAUUGGAGAAAUAAAGGAACGCGUUGAUGGGACUGUGAAUGAUGUGAUUAUGGGCGUCGUAUUCUACGGAUUUCAACUCUACUGCAGAAGGGUUCUUGGCGAUCCAAAAAAAAUGGAGAAUUUGAGAGUUACAGUCAUAGCAUUAAUGAACACAAGGUCUCUACAGGGAAAAAAGGGCGUAGAUGAGAUGGCAAAAGGAAACAGCUUUGGACUUUUAUUUCUAGGAAUGCCUAUGAAGAAGUUGAAAAACCCUUUGGAGUAUGUCCGAAGAGCAAAGCAUAUGUUAGACAAGAAGAAAAUGUCACUGGCAGCAUUUUUACAAAGCAAGGUGUUGCGCUACAUUACAUGAUACAGAGGUGCACAGACUUCAGCUAAAUCUCUGUACAAUGUGGUGGCCAACACUAGCAUUGCCGUGACAAACGUAAGUGGCCCAUCAGAGCAGAUGGUGUAUGCAGGGUAC